CUACGAGCGGCUGUGAAGGAAACUGUUUAACCGGAUCCCAUUGUACACGGAGCGCAGAGCUGCCUUUCCAGCAUGCACGAGCUGCUCAGAGUUUAGUCACUUCAAGAAAUAGAACAGAAUACAGUCAUGGCCCCAAGGAAGAGAGGUGGACGAGGGAUUUCUUUCAUCUUUUGCUGUUUCCGAAAUAAUGACCACCCAGAAAUCACGUACAGGCUACGAAACAACAGCAACUUUGCGCUUCAGACCAUGGAACCAGCAUUGCCCAUGCCCCCUGUGGAGGAGCUGGAUGUCAUGUUCAGUGAACUUGUGGAUGAACUUGACCUCACAGACAAACACAGGGAAGCCAUGUUUGCACUUCCAGCAGAGAAAAAAUGGCAAAUAUACUGUAGCAAGAAAAAGGACCAAGAAGAAAACAAGGGAGCUACAAGUUGGCCUGAAUUCUACAUUGAUCAGCUUAAUUCCAUGGCUGCUAGAAAAUCUCUACUGGCUUUAGAGAAGGAAGAGGAAGAGGAGAGAAGUAAAACUAUAGAGAGUUUGAAGACGGCACUAAGGACAAAACCAAUGAGGUUUGUAACCAGAUUCAUUGACUUGGAUGGCCUGUCAUGUAUUCUCAACUUUCUAAAGACGAUGGACUACGAGACCUCAGAGUCUCGAAUACAUACCUCUCUCAUUGGAUGCAUAAAGGCGCUAAUGAACAACUCUCAAGGUCGGGCCCAUGUCCUGGCUCAUUCUGAGAGUAUUAAUGUAAUUGCUCAGAGUCUGAGCACAGAGAACAUUAAAACAAAGGUGGCUGUGCUGGAAAUCUUGGGCGCCGUGUGCCUGGUUCCCGGGGGCCACAAGAAGGUUCUGCAGGCCAUGCUGCACUACCAGAAAUACGCCAGUGAAAGGACCCGCUUUCAGACGUUAAUGAAUGACUUGGAUAAAAGCACUGGGCGGUAUCGAGAUGAAGUGAGUCUCAAGACUGCCAUCAUGUCUUUCAUUAAUGCAGUGCUAAGUCAAGGCGCAGGAGUGGAAAGUCUGGACUUUAGACUUCAUCUUCGUUAUGAAUUUCUGAUGUUAGGAAUUCAACCUAUAAUAGAUAAAUUAAGAGAACAUGAAAAUUCUACGUUAGAUAGGCAUUUAGACUUUUUUGAAAUGCUCCGGAAUGAAGAUGAACUAGAAUUUGCCAAAAGAUUUGAACUGGUUCACAUAGACACAAAAAGUGCAACUCAGAUGUUUGAGCUGACCAGGAAGAGGCUGACUCACAGUGAAGCCUACCCUCACUUCAUGUCCAUACUGCACCACUGCCUGCAAAUGCCUUAUAAAAGAAGUGGCAACACUGUUCAGUACUGGCUACUACUAGAUAGAAUUAUACAGCAAAUAGUUAUCCAGAAUGACAAAGGACAAGACCCUGACUCUACACCUUUGGAAAACUUUAACAUUAAGAAUGUUGUACGAAUGUUGGUUAAUGAAAAUGAAGUUAAGCAGUGGAAAGAGCAAGCAGAAAAAAUGAGAAAAGAACACAAUGAAUUACAACAGAAAUUGGAAAAGAAAGAGCGGGAAUGUGAUGCCAAAGCCCAAGAGAAGGAGGAGAUGAUGCAGACCUUGAACAAAAUGAAAGAGAAACUUGAAAAGGAGACGACUGAGCACAAGCAAGUCAAGCAGCAGGUGGUGGACCUCACGGCACAGCUCCACGAGCUCAGCAGGAGGGCCGUGUGUGCUUCAGUCCCAGGUGGAACCUCACCUGGAGCCCCAGGGGGCCCCUUUCCUUCAACAGUGCCAGGGGCUAUCCUUCCUCCCCCACCUCCCCCACCUCUACCAGGUGGAAUGCCUCUUCCUCCACCACCUCCCCUCCCUCCAGGUGGCCCUCCACCUCCUCCAGGGCCCCCUCCCCUAGGGGGCAUCAUGCCACCUCCUGGGGCUCCACUGGGUCUGGCACUUAAGAAGAAAAACAUUCCUCAGCCCACAAAUGCCCUGAAAUCCUUCAACUGGUCUAAGCUACCUGAGAACAAACUGGAAGGAACAGUAUGGACCGAAAUUGAUGAUACAAAAGUCUUUAAAGUUCUAGAUCUGGAAGACCUGGAAAGAACUUUCUCUGCCUACCAAAGACAGCAGAAAGAAGCAGAUGCCAUUGAUGACACACUGAGUUCCAAAUUUAAAGUCAAAGAGCUUUCAGUGAUUGAUGGUCGGAGAGCUCAGAAUUGCAACAUCCUUCUAUCAAGGUUAAAAUUAUCCAAUGAUGAAAUCAAACGGGCAAUUUUAACGAUGGACGAGCAGGAGGAUCUGCCCAAAGACAUGUUGGAGCAGCUCUUGAAAUUUGUUCCUGAAAAAGGUGACAUUGACCUGUUGGAGGAGCAUAAACAUGAACUGGAUCGAAUGGCCAAAGCUGAUAGAUUCCUUUUUGAGAUGAGCCGAAUCAACCAUUAUCAGCAAAGGUUGCAGUCACUGUACUUCAAAAAGAAGUUUGCAGAACGUGUGGCAGAAGUUAAACCUAAAGUGGAAGCAAUUCGUUCUGGCUCAGAAGAGGUGUUUAAGAGCAGUGCCCUGAGGCAGUUGCUAGAAGUGGUUUUGGCGUUUGGGAAUUAUAUGAAUAAAGGCCAAAGAGGCAAUGCAUAUGGAUUCAAGAUAUCUAGCCUAAAUAAGAUUGCUGACACAAAAUCCAGUAUUGACAAGAACAUUACCCUUUUGCACUAUCUCAUAACUAUUGUGGAAAAGAAGUACCCCAAGGUUCUCAAUCUAAAUGAAGAAUUGCGGGAUAUUCCUGAAGCAGCAAAAGUAAACAUGACUGAGCUGGACAAAGAAAUAAGUACCUUGAGAAGUGGCUUGAAGGCAGUAGAGACAGAGCUGGAAUAUCAGAAAUCUCAGCCCCCACAGCCUGGAGACAAGUUUGUGUCUGUUGUCAGCCAGUUCAUCACAGUAGCCAGCUUCAGCUUCUCUGACGUUGAAGAUCUUCUAGCAGAAGCUAAGGAUCUGUUUACUAAAGCAGUGAAGCACUUUGGGGAAGAGGCUGGCAAAAUACAGCCGGAUGAGUUCUUUGGCAUUUUCGAUCAGUUUCUUCAAGCUGUGUCAGAAGCCAAACAAGAGAAUGAAAACAUGAGAAAGAAGAAGGAGGAGGAAGAGCGCCGAGCUCGCAUGGAAGCCCAGCUCAAAGAACAACGUGAACGGGAACGUAAAAUGAGAAAAGCAAAAGAAAAUAGUGAAGAAGGUGGAGAGUUUGAUGACCUGGUUUCAGCUUUGCGCUCAGGAGAAGUCUUUGACAAAGACCUUUCUAAACUGAAACGGAAUCGCAAACGCAUAACCAACCAAAUGACGGACAGCAGCCGGGAGAGACCAGUCACAAAACUUAAUUUCUAAUUUUCCUUGAACACUUUUUUAGAUCAUUAGCAACCCUUUGAAGUGACUAGAAUGUUUCAUUACACUGCCUUGCAGUCCAAACAGUGGCAAUUCCUUCUUCCAUCUGUGAGUGAGUAUGUGUAUGUGUGUGUGUAUGUGUAUGUGUGUGUGUAUAAUGUAUAUAGAAGUCUGAAUGUUGUCUGGAGACUGAUAUGUAUGGUUAAAAAAAAAAACUAUGUUCAUGUAUGUGCUCAGAAACCCUUCGUAUACAUUCGUAUUGAGUGUGACUCAUUUUCUUUCCCUGAACACCAUGACUGUUCAGAAGCACAACACUAUCUCCUGAAAGAGAUGACAGAGACAUUCCCUAGAGAAAAUGAAAAACAAAAGCAAAAAAAAAGAAGGCUUGUGAAAUAUUUUACAGUUUCCAAGCUUAGUAUUCUUUGAAAUUAUUUUCAUUGGUCAAAAUGGUUUUGGAAGAAUAUAGAUUUGCAAUGGUUUGUGAUCGUUGACAAGGUGAUGUUGGUCCAUCACAUCAGUAAGUGCUAGGACUAGCUAAGAAUUUCUGACAUUGGUGUGAGGUACAGUCUGUAAAUGUUUAUUUAGAACAUCUUGCACACAAUCUGAAUUAUGAAGAAAGUCAGGAUAUAUAUUUAAAACUUGAACAUCAAUUUCUUUUUUUCCUUUCCCUAAUCGCAUUGAGUUCUCUGCCAAGUGCUCUUGAUUUUUUUAAAUUGCUUUUGGAAAAAACAUUAUUUAUCUAAAUGCAAUCCAUGCUCCUGUUAAAGAACAAGAUUGCUAGAAAGUACUUGUUCUAACAAUAUAGAUAAAAACAACUUUAAAAAUAAAAUUUCCCACCCAAAACUUAAAAGGAGGAAUUCUCUGAAGAGAUUAAGAUUA